GUAAUUAUGUAGAGCUCUGCAGAGUGCAAUUACGACGAGCACAGGUUUUCGCUGUCCGUGGAUGUUCCCUUUCCUUGUGGCCGUCAUUGGGAGUGGAAACUUUCGCUCGAGCUCUCCUCCGGAUCAGCAUGGCAGGGAAUGGCAUAGAAGCUGAAGCGGCAACAUCAACAACUGCGGACAGUAGCACACCCGCUAUGGAUCUAGACGAGAUGAGCUCGGCAUUCGGAACGUUAAUUAGAAAUGCUGUGCCUCCCGAGUUCCAGGAGAAGCAGAAACAAGGCCUUGAGAAAACUCCGAUGAGAGCUGCGAAAGCCGUUGAGUUCUUCACCAAAGGUUACAGAGAAAACCUUCAGUCUCUCAUCAAUGAAGCGGUCUUUGACGUGGAGAUGGACAACAUGGUGAUUGUCCGUGACAUUGACAUGUUCUCCAUGUGCGAACAUCACAUGGUACCCUUCUACGGCAAAGUGCACGUUGGAUAUUUGCCCAACCAGAAAGUCCUCGGUCUGAGCAAGAUUGCUCGGAUUGUGGAGAUGUACUCUAGACGGCUGCAAGUGCAAGAGCGACUGACCAAGGACAUUGCCAUGGGAAUCCGAGAAGCGAUCGCACCCACUGGCGUUGGCGUUGUGGUCGAGGCAACGCAUAUGUGCAUGGUGAUGCGAGGCGUACAGAAACCGGGCAGCAGCACUAUCACCAGCUGCAUGCUUGGAGACUUCAGGGACGACCCGCGGUCACGCGAGGAGUUCCUCUCGCUGAUCCGACACAGUUCAACGUAGGCGCAUGCCAGCGGACCGCGCAAUGUAGCGCUGAGUCAAUGAAUAGACGACCCGCGGUGUGAAAGUUGCGACAUUUAUUAGGGUCAGUGAACUGUGCAACAUUUCUUAGGGUCAGGUUUCAAAGUAUUUUCUCUUAGGAAACCAGUUAGCCUGUGGCAUAUUUUCACGAUGAACACAUUUCAGAUGAGUUUGUGGUGCAUUGCUAGCACCACUCUUCCCUACUAGAGGGUCUACUAGUAGAGCAGCAACUCUGUUAGAGGGUCUGAACAGUGCACAGCUCUUGUGUGCCCCUUGAACUUGCCGCAUGUGGAGCUGGAGUUCCGCCGAGGCCACGCGCGCUUUUUCCAAAACUAUUUAUUCUUUAAUACUCUCCAUCCUAACGUUAGCCGUGUGUUGCUAGUACUUAUACUAAAAAGUUAUAGUACAGCACCAUCAUGUCAAGGCGCGGUGGCACACCUCCUCUCUGUUGAUACCAUGGCGAGGGGUGUCAUGACAAAAUAUCCCAUGGCUCGUGUUCUUGCUAACCCUUUCACAGCUGUCCGUUCUCAUUGGAACUGUAGCUUCGUAGUCUGCUCCAUCUGCCAUAGUGUGGCGUAUUAUCAUUUUGAUAUUCAUUUAGGGCAAUUGCUUACCUUCUAUUUUAAAUUUCUGAAAGAGGCAGGAGUAUUUUUUUAAACUUGAUCUUCUGAUGGAUAUCAUUGGUAUUAUAGGCCAUCAUUCCCGUGGCUAGCUAUGCUAAAUACGUUACUUUAGUAACGCCUGGCGCUAGCCAUGGUCCACGACGCUUUAUAAAAAUAUUAAUCAAUCUUA